GUAUUGCAGGGGCCAGGUGGCCAUACCCUCCUGAGGCAGACUUUGCCCGCGAGCUUUGGGACAGGGUAUCCGUGAACAAAGGUGGCUCUUCAGGUAAGAUCAAGAAGAAGCGUAUUUGUCGAGGCCUUCAGUCCCUUAUAGACGGGGGCAUCCCAUUGGAAAAGGUUCUGCGUGCGGCAGAUCGUCUUGGGAAGGACAUCGAAAGCGCUAUCUAUAAUCCUGAUCUACUGGAGCCAGGCACUCCAACAGAAGAGGGAGCCAAAGAGCCUGAGGAGUCUGAAAGUGAUCUGGAAGUGACGGUAGUUGGUCCGAGCGCAUCGGCCUCUUCCAUCACCGAAGCCGCAUCGUCUUCCUCGACUGCUGUUGUGCGUGAGCGGAGUCCCCGGAGGAACAUAACACCGCCUCCAAAGGCAAGGCCAAAGCCAAGAACUGCAAAUCUGAGGCCAGUCAACAUUUUGCUCCCCGACGGCGUGGAAAUUCUCGUUUGGGAAGGUGGUCGUUGGCAAACGCAAUCAGUGUUGCAAAAGGCCCCAUUUGCAGAUCGUUUUUUGUUCAUCGACAAUUACAACACAUUGUCGAGGGCACGCGAGGGCACAACUGAGUCUUUGGGGAGGAUUCCGUCCGCCAACAUUGCAUUGCUCGAGAACCUGAGGGCUGAAAAGCCUCGAGGACUUCAGCUGCAUCUGUUGAGUUUCUUGGUGACGCCUGCAAGAAGGCAGGAACUGUUGGAUACCUUGCACGCGACGCCGGAGCUCAGUAAUCUUCUGGAUUCGGUCAUCAUUACUCCGUCCAAACGCGGGUGGAACGGCAAGGCAGCAGUAUUGAAGGCAUUCGACGCCCCAAACCAGACACUCUUAGCUGACGACGAUCAAGGCAUUUGCGAGGAGGUUUGGGAGCAGUGGGCGGGAAUUCCUUUGCACAUCAAGUUGCGCAACAAGCCUGGGUGUUCGGAAGGCAUCGAAGAGGUGCAGUUUCUUGAGGGCAUUCGGGAUCAGGAGAUUCGGGAGUACAAGGUUCUCCCGAAACCAGGUUGGUUCCAGCUGAACAUGCAGAGGCGCGCAGGUUGGAGGCGGUAA